CCAUCAUCCAGGCCACUUCUGCAGAACGCCGGUGACCUGCUGACACUUUGUGACUGUCCGGGUACUGGCUGACGCUGUUCACAAAACACAAUUUGCUGUUUCACUUAUUAUUUUAAAUGAGCAAGCCGAAUUACUUGGAGGAGAAACACAGGAAAGAGAGGAGCGGAAGCCCAGGCAGCUGAGAAACAGAGGCCUGAGCACUGAAAGAAACAUAUGUUUUUGCCUGUACUCAUCUCCACAUCGGAAAUGGAACCAAACAGCACCUUCAACAACAACACCAAUAAGAAUGAGAACUGCACAACUGAAGACUUUAAGAGAGAGUUUUACCCAGUUGUAUACCUGAUAAUAUUUGUCGGGGGAACCUUGGGAAAUGGCCUCUCCAUAUAUGUUUUCCUGCAGCCUUACAAGAAGACUACGUCCGUGAAUGUUUUCAUGCUGAACCUGGCCAUUUCAGAUCUCUUGUUCACAAGCACACUUCCCUUUAGGGUUGACUAUUACCUCCGAGGCUCUCACUGGAUAUUUGGGGACCUGGCCUGCAGGAUUAUGUCUUACUCCUUGUAUGUCAACAUGUACAGCAGCAUUUAUUUCCUGACUGUGUUGAGUGUUGUGCGUUUCCUGGCAACUGUUCACCCUUUUCGGCUUCUCCACAUCUCCGGCAUCAGAAGCGCCUGGAUCCUGUGUGGGAUCAUAUGGAUCUUCAUGAUGGCUUCCUCCACGGUGCUUCUGAAGAAUGGCUCGGAACAGAAGGGCAAUGUUACAUUAUGCUUAGAGCUGAAUGUCACUAAAAUCUCUAAAUUGCAGAUCAUGAACUAUGUUGCCUUGGUGAUGGGCUUCCUGCUUCCAUUCUUCACACUCAGCAUCUGUUACCUGAUGAUCAUCCGAGCCCUGUUAAAAGUGGAGGUCCCAGAAGCAGGGCUACGGGUUUCCCACAGGAAGGCUCUGACCACCAUCAUCAUUGCCUUGAUCAUCUUCCUUCUGUGCUUCCUGCCCUACCACACGCUAAGGACCCUCCACCUGCUCACAUGGAGCGCGGGUAUAUGCAAAGAAGGGUUGCAUAAAGCUGUGAUUGUCACAUUGGCCUUGGCAGCAGCCAAUAGCUGCCUAAACCCUUUGCUCUAUUACUUUGCUGGGGAGAAUUUUAAGGACAGACUAAGGGUUGCACUUAGAAAACAUUCACAGAAGGCAAGGACAAAGUGCGACUUUUCUGUAUGUGUGUGGUUGAAAAAGGAAACAAGAGUGUAAAGUGAUGCCUGUUUUUGUAUUCUUGUGUCCACCUUCCAUCACUCACAGUCUCCAAAUAGUUUUGUAUUUACACCAUUCCCAUUAAGUAUCAAUUCUCAAUAUUUAAUUGACUGUGACUUUUGUUAAUAAGACCUACUUCAAAAAUCUUAUUAGGUGUAUUUUCAGUGAUUGAGUCUUGAUGAGGAAGAUAGAGGCGAAUAUCCCUACUCAAGUCUCACAGGCUAGCAUGUCAGACUGGUGAGAAAAUGCAGAGCACAGUGAUUCUGUAUCAGACCUGUGGCCAUCAGGCAUCACAAAUCCUUAACUUCAAGGCAGCCCCAAGUUCCCCCAGCAAAGCUACUGGAGGCCCCAGAGCAGAUAAGAAGCACAUCGUGAAAACCCAGGACAAGACUGUGAAGAAAAAGGCUUGCCUCUGACAAAACAGAGCCAUGGUCCAAGUAGGAGCAGAGAGAGAAAAGACAGGGUAUAGUUUGAGGCAAGAGAGAACUGGUUAUAAAUAGGGAAGAGGAGGAAUUUCACUGUGAAGAGGGAGAGAAGACCUUUGCCUCUCUUUGCCAGAGGAGUGGGAAGGCUGGGCAAAGUAGGAGGAAGCCCUGCAGUGUUUCCCUGUAAUGGAGUAAUUUUACGUGGAAGAGGGGAGAAUUGGGGUUGUGGGGGCAAGGACAUGUAUCUCAAUUUUACUUUGAGAUUUUGGUUUUGACUGAUUUCAGUGCACUUCUCACUCCUUCCCAUUAAUCCACGGGGAUGGUAGCCAAAAUCCAAGAAGGAGCGCUAAGGGGUUGGGUUGAGCACUCAAGGAAAAAGUGGAGGGCAAGUUGCAAAGGCCGGUGUAUCCCUGAAAUUCUAUUAGAAGUUCAAGAGAAUGUGAAGAAGGUGAUGCUUCCUCCCCUUUUGAGAGAGUAUAGAAACACACUAGAUGGAUAUUUUAUCCAAAGCCCCAUUCUAUCCACUGAGACAAGGCGAAGAACACUAUCUGCUGCUACCACCGUGACACAAGUAAGUGUCCUCCUCAUGUUGGGCAGACUCUACGAGGCCCUGUGCACUUGUUAAUCCCAUUUAGCCAUCACACCAAAGCUCUGAGUUCCCAUUUUGCAGAGGAAGAAAUUGAAGUGCAGUGAAAUUAAGACACUUAUUCAAGUUCACACAUCUAGUAAGAGUCUUAAAAACCUCCAUGCAGAAGUGUUGUCUGUGCUCUCCCCAUCAUUACCCUAGUAAACCUCCAGGAAUAUUGGCUGAAAUUCUGAAUAUUGGGCCCUCUACUCCACUUUUGCAAGAAAAGCAAGGUUUUCUCUUUGUGGUUAUUCACCCAGGCCCGGUGGAGAGCAGAGAGGAAAUGGUACUCUGAAGCUAGGAAGAGACUCAGUCCUUUUUCCUACUAAAUAAAAACCCCAGUGCCCUUCCCUUAGCUGCUAGAAUGAUGACAGACAAACUCAUACCCUGUCACAACAGGACCCUAGGA